AUGGGAGAGGCUGCUGGAUUAAUCGAACCAUUGGACCAACGAGUUGCUAAUUAUAUGAAACAAUUAAUUAGAGGUGGUUGUCGAAAAACAAGAGAGCUGAAGUUGGCAGCAGCUGAGUUUGUGAAAAACACUAUUUUUUCUGGUAGAUCAAAUCCAGAAAAAAGUAGGCGCAGAUUCACGCCAAGUAGAAAGAAAAUCAAAAAUUUGAUUACUUCAGUCAAAAUCGAAACACGAUAUUCAAAGAUUGACCAGGAGAAUGUUGAGUCUUUGAAAAACGAAUGGUCAGACUGGGCGGAUAUCUAUUUCAGUGCACGAUUGCAAAACAAACAAGUUGAAGUUACUACUGAAUUCAAAGACGAUGAAAUCGAUGAUAAAAACGAUAACGAUCUCGAUAUUGACGAUGAAGAAGUGGGCGAGGAAGAGCAAAAAAUUUAUGACACCACAUCUACCGAUGGUAAAUUUCUCUUCGUUUAUCAAUCAAAAGUAAUGCAACGCCUCUACAGAAGAUACGCUUCACAGCUGAUAUUGUUGGAUGCGACCUACAGGACAACUAAAUACGCCCUGCCACUGUACUUUCUGGUUGUGAAAACCAACGUAAACUACAUGGUGGACGAACAAAUCUGACAAUGGUGUGUCGAACAUAGCUGGGGAUGUGAAAGCGAGGAUAAGACGUAUUGCGAAUUCAAUUUCUAUGCAAGAAAUGAACGACGCUGUCGAAGAUUUGAAAAAAUGGGAAUUGUAUAGCGGAAAAUUGAAGAAAUGGUUCGAAGGUAUGUUUUCUAAUACCAAUUGUUUUUUCGUAAUAUAUAGGAGUGCGUUGUUUAUGAGUUAUUGUUGAUUUUCUCAAGGGACCUGGUUACCAGAAAUCAAAAGGUGGGCACUCGCAUUUCGCCCAGAUGACCUUAUGUUGUGUAAUACAAAUAAUGGUA